GGAGGAGUUUCCACACAAACUGCUCUGAAGCUCAAAUCUAACUCCAAACUCCAGCGAGCUGGGGAAGUGGGCGCUUGGACUGGAUGUAGCAGCUGAAAUUGCAGAGCGCUGGUAAAGAAUGGCAGUGAGGCUGUAGAGGGCUUUGCGGGCACCGGAGGAGAGCUGGAGCGCUGAAGGAACGUGUGGGUGAUGAAAGCUGGCAUGAGGAGCUCAGAGAGGAACACUUGAGCAGAUCCAGAGGAACUUAUAUCUGUUUUUUCUCCAAGCGAGGGAUGGACCUGCUGCUGCUGCUGCUGGUGGUGGUGCUGGGGCUGUGUGGCAGUGCCAGGACUGUGUGGCACAACCAGCGGAACGGCCUGGCACACACACAGGCGGGCACGGCACCCAGAGCGGCCAGCAGACACAGGAACUGGUGUGCGUACGUGGUGACGAAGACGGUGAGCUGUGUUGUUGAAGACGGAGUGGAGACGUACGUAAAACCUGAAUACCAGCCGUGCACAUGGGGGGUGCAGUGCGCACGCGCCGUAAUGUAUCGAACCUACAUGAGGCCCAGAUAUAAAGUGGCCUACAAAAUGGUGACAGAAAUGGAGUGGAAGUGCUGCCAUGGAUUCAGUGGAGAGGACUGCAAUGAUGGACCCAGCCCUGGAUCUGGCACCCAGAUAUCCACAGCUAGACCCUGGCCUAAGCCCUCAAACCCUGGACACACGGGUUCCAGUACAGGCAACGGGCAGAGUGGAGCCACUGGGAGAGGUGACAGUGAAAAGAUGAAGCAGCUUGAGGACAAAAUUCAGAGUCUGACAAAAGACCUCCAGGACCUGCAAUCAACUCUACGUGGCAUGAACGAGAGGUUUCAGGAGGAGAUGCGGAAGCCUGGCUUUGGUAACGGUGCCAAAACGCCAGCCGAUGCAGCCCAGCCUGAGAUGAAAGAGACCAUUCACAUCAUCCAGGCCAAGCUAGACCAGCUGGAUAACAGAACUCAAGCUCACGAUAAAACUCUGGUCAGCAUCAACAACCACCUUGUGAAUGGCAGAGGAGGUGGGAAUGAUUUGGAUGUGGAAGGUGGUGCGGGAGGUGGUAGAUUUAACACCAUGAAGGAGGAGAUUCUACAAGAAUUGGAGCACAGAGUCACUGUUUCAUGCUCUGCUUGCCAGGCUGGGGUGGAAGACUUGAGGAAGCAGCAGCAGAGGGACAGAGAGCGCAUCCUAGCUUUGGAGAAGCAGAUUAAUGCCAUGGACCAACGGCACCGCCAAACUCUGGACAGCUUGCGUAGAGAUCUGAGUCAAUCUCAAAGCUGCUGUGAUUCAGUCACGCACCUCAAAGAAAGACUCGACGAAGUGGACAAGAAGCUAAUCCAAACGUCAGAGACUUGCGAAGGUCUGCAGGAUCGCAUGGACAAGGAGCUGAGAGAAACUGGAGGUGGUGGAAGUGUCGGAGGAGGAAUAGGUGGAGGUGGGCCGGGACCAAGAGUAACAGAGGAUACCUUCAAUGGUUAUUUGAGAGAUCUAGAAAGGCGGUUUAACAACACCAUUCAAAGAACGGAAGACAACUACGCCUACUUGGAGAAUGACUUGAAGGAUUUGUUCCGCAAUGAGCUGAGAGACCUGCGGAAUGACAUCAGCAGUCGCCUUGAAGACCAAGAUGACAAGAUUACAGAUGUGGUCUUGGACCUUGGGGUUGUCAAAGAGACUGUGUUUGACCUGGACAAGCGCUUGUCUCGGCUGGAGAAUGUCACAUCUCAUCUAGACAGGAGGAUAAAUGAAUGCUCUUUGUGCUCUGGAUCUGGGGGCGUCUCUGUAACUGGCACUGGUUCCAAACAACCCCCUGGAGGAAGUGGUGGCAGCAGCCCAGAGGAUACAGUGAAGUCCCUGGAAUGGAAGGUUAUUGCCAAUGAGCAUGAGAUCAAGAGGUUCGACACAAGACUAAAAGACCUCUCUGUGUCCGGAGACUCUCUCAUGGACAAAGUAAUCGACCUCAGCCACGAUAUCCGCAAGAUUAAAGCACUGACUGGAGACAACGGGGAACAUUUCAACAGAAUUGUAACUGAGAUUGAGAACUGUGAUCUUUGCAGGUCAGUGCAAGAUGACGUGAAGAAACUGAAGAACAUCACAAACCAUGUUCUUGACAAGUGGCAAACUGAUAUGAACUACAUUAAAGGGAAAGUCGAUUCUGGACAGACAGCGUGCUCAGAGGUGUGCUCUAACCUGCAGGAGGAAGUCGGUAAACUGAAGGAAGAGGUACAGAAGUGUGGAGGGCAGUGCAAGAUUUCUUUGGAGACUCCCACUGGAACAGGAACAGAAGGUGACCUGGAUCACUCUCAGAAACCUCUCGAUGGACACAGUGUCAUCAGCAGCAACAACGGCAACCUCAGGUCUAUCCAGGGACAGUUGUCGGAGGUCAUCUUGACUUUUAGCUCCAUCAAUGACACUCUGAAAGGGUUGGAGCACAACGUCCACAAACACGAUAGCGUGAUCACUGAUCUGGGUAACACCAAGGACAAGAUUAUCUCAGAAAUUGACAAGAUCCAGCAGGAGGUGACGGAGCACAUAGAGGACAGCAAGCUGCGCUUUGACAACAUGGACCAGGACGUGAAGCGCUUUGGGAACAACUUUGUGGUAGAGAUGGGUGACUGCAAGAGAACCGGCGAUGGCCUGGACAAGAGACUUUCCAAACUUGAAGGAAUCUGUGGCCGGCUGGACUCUGUUUCUGACAACUUGCAGAAAAUCAAAGAAGGCCUUAACAAGCAUGUGUCCAGCCUGUGGAGCUGUGUCAAUGGACUUAAUGCUACGGUGACCUCCCACAGCAGUUUCAUUGAUACCAUCCAGGACACCCAUCUGGACGGCAUCCACGGCAAGAUCAAGCAGCUCAACUCUUCUCUGCUCCACAUUCUCAAGCAGUUCCAGGGCAUAACAGAACUAGACCUAACAGGUCUACCUGGACCACCAGGCCCUCAGGGAGAAAGAGGAUAUCCAGGACUUCCUGGACCACAAGGGCCACCAGGAAAGGAAGGACCACCUGGCAAACCAGGUGUGGAGGGACCAAGAGGACCACAAGGUUCCACGGGGGCACAAGGUCCUCCAGGUGAAGAUGCCACCAUCCCGAGUAUCUCUUUCUCUGCUGCUCUCACCAAACCCAUGGUUACUUCUGGAACUAUAGUCUUUGAUAAGAUCUUUGCCAAUAAGGGAAAAUUUUAUGAUCCAGAAACAGGCAUCUUCACCGCGCCUCGAGACGGGCACUACUUCUUCAGCGCCAUCCUGACGGGCCACAAGAAUGAGAAGAUCGAGGCCGUCCUGUCCAAGGCAAACUACGGUGUGGCGCGCGUAGACUCCGCAGGAUACCAGCCCGAAGGCCUAGAGAACAAACCGAUGGCCGAAGCCAAACCCACGCCUGGUUCUCUGGCUGUUUUUAACAUCAUUCUGCCCCUGCAGGUGGGCGAUCCUGUGUGUGUUGACCUGGUGAUGGGUAAACUAGCCCAUUCGGUGGAGCCUCUCACCAUCUUUAGUGGGGUUUUGCUCUUUGAGGACAAGUAGGAGGCUCUGAACUCCUGGCUGGUAGGAGCAAAACUGCCUGCGUGGCACAGAGGUGAACGACGACCAGCCAGAAAGAACGACGGGGCCAGAAAAUGACCCACAGAAUGACGUUUGCCAGCUGGAGAUGCAGAUGCACACUUGGUGCGUUGCUUUUUUCCCACUGAACCCUGUGAACUCCUUGGAGACAGAAUAUAAUUUUAAAACAGAGGAACGUGCUCUCAAUAUGUUAUCCUACCCCCCAUCCCCCCAUCCCCCCCACCCCCCCCCACCCUACAAAUUUGGAGAAGUGUUUUAUCAGAUACUACUGCGAGUUUUUUACAUUUUUUUAUUGUUGAUGUUAUUAUUGAUACGCCUCCAUUUUAUAGGACUCACAGGCAUGGGGUAUGAAUUUGAGCUCAUGCUCCAAAUCCUUUGACCAUGAGGUCUGUUUGACUUCCUGUGUACGCCGCUGCCAAGUACAGUAUUCACCUGCCAAAGUGCUAAACUCACAGUCAAGGUUUAGGGCUAAGCUAGCAGGGAGGUUUGAAGAGGUUCAUUUGUUCUGAUAAAGAAAAAGCAGUUCAUAUAGUGAACGUUAUUAAUGCUGUGCACCUUUCAGACGUUUGACUGUUAGACUCCUGUACAUGUGCCUCAGUGACGUUUUUGGGGUAAAAGCUUUAAACCUGCAUGUGCCUUCGGGACCACGAGUGGCCUUUCUCAACACAAUAAACCAAAACAUUACUCAACGUUGAGUAACAGUUAAUCCAUUAGUGUUUCAACAAUCAUAAAGGUUGACCUACCUGCACUACAAAAGGUGCUCUUUGUUGUGAGGUUGGACUAGUUGUACAGAACGCUGGUUAAAAUUAGUGAUGCACUGAUAUGGAAUUGUGCACCGAUGUCGAUAUCUGAUAUUUUUGAUGUACAUAUUUGCUGACCCUGCUGAAAAAAGCCCAACAGAAACCAUUAAACAUUUCUUUUGGUACUGCUGGUGUCCAAUAGUCAGUAAUGGUAUUCUGUUUUCUGAUGGGUUGAUAUCACAGUGUAAAGGGCUCUAAUGGUUUAGCAGCUGUUUUGAUUCCAGAUGCAUUUGAUGGUUUCCUAAUGGGAUCUAAAAGUGUCCUACAGGAAAGUAGUGGUCUCUAAUGGUAAACAUUAUGCCAGUUCCCAUUAGCAAAAGCAAUACCAUCAGGUUUAAUCCUAACUGUUCUAAUGGUUCUUUUUUUAGCAGGGCAUGUCGAUACAUAAAAAUCUAUAAAACGUAGGAACUGGAACCAAUCCUGGUUUAGCAUUACAGAGAAAUAUAACUUCAUUUCUGUAGAGUUACAAGUGCAGUAAGUUUAAGAGAAAGCAGAUAUUGCAGUGUCACCUAAUCAUUCUGCUCUUCUGGAGUUCAAUAAACAAAUCAUCAAAUAUUGGUUUGAAAUAAAGGUCGAAUACAAUCAUCUGUUCAGUGCUGAUAUGUAUUUUUUUAAGCAAAUAUAUCACAUGAAAAAAAUCUUCCUUAAGAUCGUCUCAGAGAAAUAAAGCAGAUCUCAGUAUUAUAUUAACGAUCACUGGUUUCUGAGCUGUUCCUCCUGAACCUCCUCAGGAGAAAAGAGGAGAUUAACUCCAGCGUCUCACUGUGAGACGUUCUGGUGAUGAAGGAGAAAAGCGUGAGUUCUCCUUCUGCACUGACGGACUGCUGAGAGGGUUCUGUGAUCUAGAACAGAGCUGUAUAAGAGAACGAUUAGAUCUCACACUGUUCUUAUGGAGAUGUUACUCAGCUGAGACGGGGCUGAGACGAGUCAGACUCUAAAGAGUUAAUCCACACGUGGGACCACAUUUUGAUCAAAGUGAGAAAAUCUGAGUUUUAUUUCUCAGGAGCCGAAUUUCAGAAUCAGGCUCAGUCUCACUCUGAUUUAAACUGGACUGAACUGUGUCCAGGAGAAGAACUUGAGAUCAGGAGGAGAUUCAUUUAGCGUAUUUCUCAUCUCUGGGAUCAGCCAAAUGAUUCCAGUAUCAUUGUGCAUAGUAAAAAUCCCAUUUAACAUAAUGAGAAAAUGUAGAACGCAACUAAAGUAAGACUAGGGUGAUAGACUAGGUAGAUUUGGAUAAACAUCUAAUUUACAGACAGUUCACUGGCUUUAUUUGUUUUAGCUUUGCUAGCUAGCUAAGUUAACAUCGUGGCCUGCGUGCUAUCUACCGUAGCGUAGCUGAAAUAAUCAAGCUACAUGUAGCUGAAUGCUGAAAAGAUGCAAAUUUCUUUUUCUCUGUUGUUGUCGCUGAGUAGCUUGACUUUAUAGCUUGAGGCAAUGUCACUUUCUGUUUUUGUCCUAAAGCCAGAUGGCAGUAUGAUAAGAAAAUGUUGCUGUUCCUUAGAGUAAAGUCAGCCAUGCUGUAGUGUAGAUGUUAACUAGCAAAGCAAUGCUAAAACACCUUUCUGCGUUUGAGUUGUUGCACAUAUUUAAAAUUGAAUAUCAUUUUAAAUUAACAAUAUAUGUAAGUAUUGUGGCAUCAAUAUAUGCCUGAAUUCAAAGUGAUUAAAAAUAAGUGUAUAGCUGGUUAUCUUAAAGUUUGUGUGUGCUAACACUAGGUCAUUUGAACUGUUAUAUUGUGUUAGGCUGAAUGAAUAACCGACUCUAAAUGUAGGUAUUGUGAUAUAAACUGAGUCUGUUCUACAGUUUCUCAUUAGGCUGAAUGAAUAACUGACUCUAAAUGUAGGUAUUGUGAUAUAAACUGAGUCUGUUCUACAGUUUCUCAUUAGGCUGAAUGAAUAACUGACUCUAAAUGUAGGUAUUGUGAUAUAAACUGAGUCUGUUCUACAGUUUCUCAUUAGGCUGAAUGAAUAACUGACUCUAAAUGUAGGUAUUGUGAUAUAAACUGAGUCUGUUCUACAGUUUCUCAUUAGGCUGAAUGAAUAACCGACUCUAAAUGUAGGUAUUGUGAUAUAAACUGAGUCUGUUCUACAGUUUCUCAUUAGGCUGAAUGCCAGCAUCCUGUAAAACCUGUACAACCUCACAACAGUUGCUAUGUAGGAACACAUUUGUGGGCGGAGCCUGAAUGGACCUCAUCACUUGGGCUCUGAAGGGAAACCCUAGCAGAAGAGGAGAAGCUGCAGAUGCAGUCUGUCCAUUACGGAGCCAAAAGAAGAGAAUUCCCAGACUUUUCCGCUUCUCCUUACUCUGGCACACGAUUAUCUAAAACUGUGCCAAGAACGGCAAGAAGUGAUCUUAUCAUAAACAUGGCUUUCUGCUUUCUUUAAAAGGACCGAUUGCCAUCAUUGAUGGAGGGUCACUAAAGUGAUUACAAGAGACAGUAUAAAACAGCCGUCGGACAAUUAGGUUUUUCCUGCUUCUUCCAGCUAAUAGGGGCAAUAAAGCCGAAGCUCAGACGGAGGAGUGCUUGAUUACAAUCAGAGAUAAUUGUCCUUAAUAUGGAUCAACUUCAAAGUGCUUAUAAAGAGUAACAGCAUUAAGAUUAAGCAGAGUUCUCUCUUAUGACCAGGUAUGUUUGAGUGGCCUUGGGAAAAUGGCGACUGUAAAAAUGCCAAAGAAUGUUCUGCUUUGCUACAAGCUGUAAAAACUUGGAUAUGAACAUCACGGAGAUAAAAAUUUCUUUGGGAAGCAGAUGGAAAUCUGCUCUUAAGAACUGAACAGAUUAUUCCUGUUAUAUAUUGAGGCUGCUAUCUCAGUGUAAUGAGCUGUUUUUUUCCCAUUGGCCCAUGCUGCAAGGACUUUUAAUUUGUAAAAUGAAACCAGACCAAAUGAGUGAAUAAACGAACCCGCACCACCUUGGCUCAUGUGAACUUCCUCUUCACGGUUUAACCUGUGACCUUGAAUGUGUUUGUUGGCAACACGUGUUUUGAAUAAAGAUAUUUAAUUUUACACA